AUGGCUUCUUAUUUCAGCUGGCGGUACAUAUACUUCCUUACCAUAGGACUAAGGUUCCUUUUUGCAUUGUCAGACUCCUAUAUACAUCCAGAUGAACACUUUCAGAGCGUCGAAGUGAUGUCAGAAUUCCUAGGCUUCACUAACAAGAAACCAUGGGAAUUCACCAGCGAUCUACCAGCACGAAGUUAUGGUCCGUUGUUUCUAUUUUACGGUCCUGUUUUUGCAAUUGUUAGGGGGAUGGGUGUUCAAUUGAGUCCGUUGGUUAUCUGGUAUUUGGCUCGAUUGCAAUUUAUGAUUCUCACUUGGAUUGUUACUGACACUUGUAUUUUUCGAAUGCUUCCUACUAAACAAGAACGUAUAAAAGCUAUCUUCUUUGUCCUGACUUCCUAUGUCACCCACGUAUACCAAUCACAUUGCUUUUCCAACUCAAUUGAAACCUGGCUCGUGAUGUUGGGGACUUUGAUCAUCGACAAUUUGCGGUACAAUCAAGACUCCAAACGUCCAGAAAUACGAUCAAGACCCGAAUAUUUCAACGUAUUUGCAUUGGGAGCUAUUUUGGCUGUGGGAAUCUUCAAUAGAGUAACAAUGCCAGCAUUCUUUUUGGUCCCUUCAUGGUUUGUUCUCAAGCAUAUUUGGCUUCAUCCUUUGAGUGCAAUUGUGGGUAUUUUUGGAUUCAUUGUACCUGCGCUAACAUUUGUAUGGAUCGAUACAAAGAUGUUUGGCUCGAUGAAUCUGACUCCAAUCAUCACUCCGCUCAAUAAUCUUAUUUACAACUCCUCGUACGAUAAUUUGUCCCAUCAUGGUAUUCACCCAUUCUAUACCCAUAUACUAGUUAACCUUCCCCAACUUUUGGGUCCGUCUGGAAUUGUUUAUUUGUUCUGGAAGUUCAAGAAUGACUACUGGAAAACUACUCCGUUUUUGACGGCAUUCAGUGGAAUAUUGGUUCUCUCCAUAGUUCCACACCAAGAACUUCGGUUUCUAAUACCGGUGAUUCCAUUGUUGAGCUGUUGUUUCGAUUUGCGACCUUUCACCGGAAAAAACAAAGUAGCGUACUUUGCAAAACCACUCUUGUGGAUUUGGUAUGCUUUCAAUAUUGUCUUGGCUGUUUUGAUGGGAAUUUAUCACCAAGGUGGUGUGGUUCCUGGACUUGAACACAUAAGAACGGAAAGCCAGUCGAACAUAAUACCAAAAACAUACAUUUGGUGGAGAACUUACUCUCCGCCAGUAUGGCUCUUGGGUGACAAAAAACGCCAUGUACAAACCCUAGACAUUGAAAACGGUGUGCUACUGGGUACCGUCGAUGGUAACAAAAAUAUCAUUAUUAUAGACGCAAAGGGUACGGAUAUCAAAAACCUCGAGCCAUUCUUAGUCAAGGGUAAUUACAUAGUUACCCCACUGGCUUCAUUUGAGACUGAACUCAGUGAUAUCGUACAGGCUAACUUGACUUGGUUCCAUUCGGCUCACUGCGACUUGGAUCACCUAGACUUGUCAAACUACAAAACACUCAAGCCAGGAUUAGGCAUUUACGAGCUAUUAUAA